AUGGGAGGAGUCGGUAGUAGCUCUAGCUCCUUACAUCGCCGUGCUAGUCUCAAAGACCUUCAGGAGGCACUUCGGACUUCCUCUACCUCAUCUGUAACAGGCAAAGAGAACAAGGCAACGUCAAAAAUGAUUCUAGGGAACACUAGUUCAUCGUCUACGUCCUCGAGCAAAAAAACGCGGGCACCUCUAACUGCAAGUGGAGGGACGAAUAGUAAGAUAAGCGGUACAACUACUAUAGUUAAGGCUCAACUUUCAAUGGUCUGUCUCUGUGGGGUUGGUCACUGAGAUCGAAGAAGCGACCUUCCCUUGAGAGUAGAACAGGGGAAAUUAUAAACGAAGGGCAAGGGGAGAGCUUUGAAGGGAGUCUCUUCCGUUCAGCAUCAGUGACCAUUGAAUGCUGCGCUUUAAUAUAGGCAGCACAACAGAGAGCAAAACUACACCUACAGGGAGUAAAAUGAGUGUGAAUAAUGCUGCUUCCAAAUCAAG